GGCUCAGUGACAGCCCUCGGUCAGGGCUCAGGGCCUCAGGUUCGUCUAUCUCCUCACUCUGUCCCUUUCCCUUCUCUCGGACUCUCUCCUCCCUUGUUCUUCCUUCCCUAGCGGCGACGACUGGGCGCGCGGCGGCGCUAUUUGUCACGUCUUCGUCCAGCCGUUUGCCGGCGACGAGCAUCCUCCAGGCGGCGGCCAUGGCUACCUUCGAGCUCUACCGGAGGUCCACCAUCGGCAUGUGCCUCACCGAGACGCUCGACGAGAUGGUCUCCAGCGGCACCCUCAGCCCGGAGCUCGCCAUUCAGGUCCUCGUCCAGUUUGACAAGUCUAUGACGGAUGCUCUGGAGAACCAAGUGAAGAGCAAGGUUAACAUCAAGGGCCAUCUGCACACCUACAGGUUCUGCGACAAUGUGUGGACCUUCAUCUUGACGGACGCACAGUUCAAGAAUGAGGAGACCACCGAGCAGGUGGGCAAGGUGAAAAUUGUGGCCUGCGACUCCAAAUUGCUGAGCCAAUAGAGUGCCCUAUGCUCGUGGUGGGGGUGGGGCUUGUCUGGGCACCAGAGUAGCUAGCAGUGCUCUCUUCAGCUGCUACUGUACCUGGCUCCUGCCCGCAUUUGCAUUGCUGUUAGUGAUGUAUCUUGUAUACAAUCUGCUGUUGUUGUACCACCAACCAGAGUAUGUCGUGGUGUGGUAUGACAGCAAGCAGCUCUAAACCCUUUUGUUUGAGUCGGUAGUGCAUGUAACAAUUUUCGUUGUCGCUUGAAUUUGAUAUGUUGUUGAUAAUAUGGUACUAUAAUUCAUCAAAUAACUUGGAAAGAA